AUGUUCCGUGAAGUAUUGUCAAGAUAUGUUCCAGGCGUACCUGUAGUGCAGCAGGUUUCUAGGCGACUGUUUGCAGCGCAAGCCAAUUUACAACAGCCGACAGAUGCAAGCAGUCAUCCAUCAUCAGACAAACCUAAUGAACAGAUUACCCCGGCGGUCAGUCGUAGGAACAUCAAUCGAGUUUGCCUUAGUGGAACAGUAACGAGCAAACCGUUCUACGGAACAAGCAGAAAUGGCGGUAAAUUUGGAGUUGUUCGAAUCACCUCAAAUUCAUUUGGAGGCCAUUAUGAUUUCCGAGUGCGUUUAGGAACACGGACAUCGCUUGCAUAUUGCAAGGAAAAUGUCGAUGAAGGUUCGCAUUUGUUUGUUUUCGGUCGUUUAGCGACUUUCCCAAGAGCUGCAGCAGAUGGAACGCAAGGCUCAAGUGGAACUAUAAUGGCAUCCCGCAUAUCAGUGGAAAGCAGUUCUGCUGCAGCUGUUAUAAAUGAAAACGAACAAUUUGAAGACAUUGACUUGUCAGCCGAGGAAGAUUUAGAACAGAGACCGGUGAAAAGUUACACAACGAUGAAUUCUAACAAUGAUGACGGUAGCAUUGAAGAUGUUGUUAAUUUUUAUGAACGAGAACUGGAGCGUUACAUGCAAGAAUCAUUAGAUAGUACAGAGCGAUCAAGAAAGAAUUUGGAACAAAGUGAACAAAUUGGUAUCGCAACUGCGCAGGAUUUACUAACUCAAAGGGAGAAGCUAGAACAUACGGAAAAGAAUCUUGAUAAUAUUGAUAGAACAACGAAAAUGACUCAGCGUAAUUUGAAUAGUUUAAAGUCCGUCUUCGGUGGUUUCUUUAAAAAUAAAUUUUCUCGUGCACCAAAAGAGGAGCCACUAAUGGUUCCAUUAAAAUCGGAUUUAGUUCUUGGAAAUACUGUGGAUAAAUUAAGUGGUGUUACCAAAGCAGGUUCGAGUUAUGUUGGAGGUGUGGUAUCUGCAUCCGGUCCAACAUUAAGUGAAAGUUCACGGGCUACAAUUAAAGGAACGCGGUGGGAGGCCAUGGAUAAUGAAAUCGAUUCUAAUCUUGAUUCAAUGAGUUCACAACUAGCUCGAUUGCGUAUGCUUGGAGAAGCUAUUGGCGAGGAAGUUGAUUCACAGAAUGAAAUGUUAGAUAGAAUUCAAGUUAAAGCUGAACGCACCAAUACACGUGUCAAGGAUCAGGAUAAGCAGAUGAAAAAGUUGCUUGGUUCAGCAGAUAAAGACGAAAUGCAACCUUCGCUGCCAUCUGUUAGCAAGAAGAGGUGA